AUGAAGCUGCUCUUGUGUACCGUUGCGCUUGCGUCCUUUUCGACGCUACUGCAAGCUGCAGUAGUCCCCGUCGGCGGCUCGCGAGACGUCGAUCAGGGGCGCAAGCUUUUCGCACGAGCAACCUCCACGGCAAAGACCACGACUUCGGCCAGCAAGACCACAUCAAAGACCACCAUAAAAGCGGCCACGACUUCGAAGACGACAACUUCGUCGUCCAAAGUCGUCACCUCUACUGCGGCCGUGAUCUCAUUUGCAUGGUCAGUUCCCUUGCUUGAAUUGGGUGUGCUCGGUGCCCUGAACUGACAAUUGCACGGGUCCACAGUCCCGUCGGAAAGUUCGCGUACUCAUCGAGCUGCGUCACCUCCUGCCCCGGAGCCUACUUUGAAAAUACGACUGCCAGAGCUUUCCAAGGUAAGUAUUUAGAGAAGGCGUGCUCGCCUGCCGCAGACCGUCUCAAGCGCAGCGGCGUGGGGCGAGCGGAGGAAGGCCACGAGGAGGCGAGAGCCUGCGUCGGAACCGCGGCUGAUGCGAUUGGUCCCCCCCACCCCUCUUCUUCUCUUCUUCUCUCCUUCUCUCAGCCUGCAAGGACAGAAACGCCGGUACCUGUAACGACAAGGGUGCUGCCACCUCUUGCACUCGGAACACGUGGCUCUUUGCCGGCACGUGCGUGUCCUCGUGUCCCCCGACGGGUUACUACGCCGAUCGGCCCACCCGAUCCUGCAUCGGCUGCCUGCGCUACGCCACAACCUGCGAUGCUUCAGGGGCCUUGACGUGCCCCACAGGACAGUUCAUUUCGACUAUCAACGGUUGCGUGUCAUCCUGCCGAGCUUGGAACUACCUGGACAAGGAUGGUGAGUCUUGAAAGCCUCCACAUCCUGUCUUGGCUGCUGUCACGUUCCGUCGAAGCGUGUUCAGAGCUCAUCCACUCUGUUCAAAACACCCAUCACACAGGCACUGUCGAGAUUGCGCCACGGUCGAUGCGAACGCCGCAACAUGCAACUCGACCCAAGCCUUCACAUGCAAAAGCAACACGUUCGCCUACCAGGGCAAGUGCGUAAGCUCCUGCCCCGCCAAGUUUCUCAACUCCCCGAGCGGCGCCUGCCUUCCAUGCGGCGACGCCGAUGCCCAGACGUGCUCGAUCGUAUCUCAGGGCUUGGUUGCCACUUCUUGCGGCGUCAACUUCCUCACCACAGCUGGUGUGUGCGCGGCGGUCUGCCCGACGUCCUACUACCCCGAUUUGACCACCCACACGUGCAAGCGGUGCUCGGACCCGCGUGCGAGUGCGUGUUCUGCGACAGAGGCGACGGCCUGCACCGGCAGUGUGCUCUCUCUCGGUGCUUGUGUCGACAAAUGCCCCGUCUCGCAGUACGCCGACGACAAAGCCGUUUGCCGCAACUGCCAAGAUUCCAAUGCUCUCUCGUGCACGAGCACGGCCGCUUUGACAUGCAACGCUCCCACAUACCUCAACGCUGGUACUUGCGUCUCAAACUGCCCUUCAGGUCUCUUCUCGGACGAUAGGGAGUCUCUCAUCUUCCGCACUUCCCGCAAAGAGCAAGGGCCAUCGAUCAGCGAUUGUGCCAUGGCCCAUUAACGAGGCUGACCACCCCACGCAUCUGGUCGCGCUCGCAUUUUCGCAGUCACUCGCUCUUGCGUUAUCGGCACCAACUGCUCCAUCACGACCUUUGCCAAGAGCACGACCAGUCACUGCACCGACUGCGAGACCCACGCGCUUACCUGCGUAUCGGAAACGCGCGCUCUCACCUGCGACAAGGACACCUACUUGACUAACGCCCAUUGCUUGACCGCCGAUCAAUGCCCUCCGGGGACCUACCCGGACUCGGCUAGCCGUACCUGCCGAAGGUGCAGCACUCGUGAGUCGGCUAGACCAAGAGAGAUCUUGAAUGAUUUGUGAUGAGAUCACUAAUCUGACAUCUCACUUCCGCAGUUGCGCCGAACUCGAGGACGUGCGACGCCAAGGGCGCAAUCGCGUGCAACCCCGAUGCGAACGGCGCGCAGACGUUCCUCACGGCCUCGAAACAAUGCGUGUUCGCCGCUCAAUGUCCCAUGGGAACGUGGCCCAAGUCCGACGACGAUGCGCUGGUGUACGUGUGCAACCCCUGUGAUGACGGUACCACCUCCUGCACGGACAAUGGCGCUGGCUACGCGAUCUCCUGUGGAACGACGUCUGCUCAGGUGGACGUGUACCUUGACAAGGCGCUCAAGACUUGUGUCGCCACCUGCCCCGUCAAAUUCUUCCCGCAAGCCUGUAAGUUCUCAAACCCCGGUGGCGUGGCAGCAGGCGUCGUUGCUGAUGGCCCACACGCUGUGCAGCCUCUUCGACGUGCGAACGAUGCGACGACGGCGAUGACAACUGCAGCGCCAACGGAGAAGGUACUGCGUUGAAGUGGUGAGUGGAGCCCGGAGGCUAGACCUUUGUGACGAUCCCCGGCAAAAACCAUCAUUCUGACGAAAGCCAGCUUAUCACAUAACCCAGCGGUCUCAACUCGAACAAUCAACAAACCUUCCUGUCGCCGUCGAAGGACUGCGUUCUCGACUGGGGUUGCGCCGCUGCCGGACCUUACUUCCCUGACUAUCGUGAGUCGAAUUUAUCGACUACUUUUACACUAGCGCCCACUUGCAGUUCGCUGAUCAACUCUAUACACGACUCCUGGCGGUAGAACGUGCUGCUUGUGUGUCAUGCGACAGCGGUGAGCUCGCUUGCAACCACGACGGUGCCGGCGGUGCGACCCGAUGCGGAAAAGAUGCCAUUUCGGGCGUUCAACUGUACCUUGCCCCUUCCAAGGAUUGCGUGACGGAAGAUGCCUGGUAUGUUCAGCGCCCGAGUGUCCCUGGAAUUUUCAAUCGCAGACCUGUGAUCUGAGCGAUCUCUUCGUCAUGUUCGUUGCAGCCCGACCAACACUUGGGUCGACAAGCAGGGCAACACCUGCGCAGCAUGCCCCUAUGGUGCCCUUCAGUGCAACUCCGCUACGGAUGCCACCAUCUGGUAAGAGCGCUGCCUGCAAAGGCCCUACCCGAAUUUCGCUCGCGGACAGUUCCUUGACCCACCCUUGAGUACAUUAUUACACAGUGGAGCGGACCCCAACAACCCUGCGAUCGCCUUGUACCUCCAGGACGGACUCUGCAUCACCGCGGACAAGUGCCCUGCGAUGACGCACGCCGAUCCUCGCUUCGGCGUGUGCGCGGCCAACUAG